AUGGUCGGUCCAUCCGUCAGCACCCGGACUCGCCUUCAUCACCAGCAGGUCCCGCUGGUCUCGCCUCCAGAUGAGGACACAGUCCAUCAGGUGCCACUGACUCAAUCGAGGAUGCAUCCAGGUGGCCUUUUUCGCGUUGGCAGGCAGAAGAACGUGUUCGUCAGGACGAAUCGGCGUUCUGUGCAGGUGCGGAGAAGGAGCAGGCCAUUGACAUUGUAGCCACGGAGACCAUGGGGAGCGGGCGUUCCUCUCCAGGCAGCAUGGUCUGCGCCGAUGCGGGUGUCGAAGUCACCCAGGACAAUCAUCUUAUCCGUCUACGACACACUCGACAAGAAGGCAUGCAGGUUCCCGUAGAAUUUGUCUCUUAUAAUAUCAGGAAUGGUCAUCGGUGGAGCGUAUACGCUGAUGAUGAUGGCGAAUUUGUUUCCCCAAAGAGGCAGACGGAAGCUCAUCAGGCGAUCGUUGAUGGUCUACGGCAGACAGGACAGUCGUCCUAUGAUGCGGCUCCGGAUGGCAAAGGCAACACCCGUGUCCCGACUCUCUGCCUUGGGGCGACCGCUCCAGCAGAAGGUGAAGCCGACACACACCUACUCCAGUUGGCGUUGUUCGGUGAACCGGGUCAACAAUGGCCAUCAUGUAGCGCGCUGGUUCCCGAGCCAAUAGCGCCGUUCUCUGUUCCGGUCGGGUGCUCCUUGGAGUAUCUAAAGGGGAACGAACAUUCCAGGCUGCUAGUGUGAGCGGACUCACCCUACCAGUCUUACAAGUGGGCGGCGGGGGAAGGGAGGGAGAAGAAUGUGUUGUUUCAAUUUUGAGUGUUUCUACCGGGUGAUUUACGUCUGCGACUAUGGUCAGCCUACAGACGGUGUGGGUCCCCAGCACUUUUAGGGCACUUUCUCUAGCCCUUUCCCCCUCGCGGGGGCAAGAAGUGCUAUCCCUAAAUAGGCCUGCUCAGUUGUCCCAGACGGUUGCCAAACUCCAAUAUGGGUUACGACUUUUGUGUAGCGGAAGGACGAUCCGAGAUAGUCUGGGACAGCCUAUGACAUCGACGUAAGCUGACGGGGGGAGGGUAGGGAAGGGUAGAGAGACGGGAUGCAGAGCUUUCACCUCAUUCUCAAGGUUGAUUGGUUACUGAAAUAUGAGCGGUGAGCAGCUACAAUCAACAAAACGGCAUUUAGCUUGCAGUAAACAUAGGCACAAACAAGCAGACCAAAUUCAUAUUGACCCAACUGUGAAAAACUCGGCGCUUCGGUGAAAUUUGAAGCCACGCAGUAAGGGGAGGCUUUAGUACAGCCAACGCUCUAACCACUUGAGCUACGAGGCCUCGCCGGAUGACGCGAGUUUAAUCACAUUUGGGUCAAGUUACCCGACCAACCUACUGCAACGUCUGGAAUCCGCCAAAUCUGAUACAGUAAGUUGACUGCCCAACUGGGAUUAUCUAAGUAAUUCACCUAGAAUCCACCAGAGGACUAAAGUCUUCCCCGUACUUCGUUGGUUCGAGUCCACCGAGGCGCCGAGUUUUUCACAUUUAGGUCAAUAUGAAUUAUUCAAAAUCUGCCAAAACGUCUAUGAGGCAGACAAAAGCAAGCAGGUAGAACAGCAAAAAGCAAAGGUAACAAGGGAAAUUCAGCAGACCGACAGUUAGUUUUUAACAAGGACAGACACGAAAGCAGACAGAAAGCAGGCAAACAUGGACAAGCGGGCAAAGGCAGCAGAGCAGCGUUCGCCUACCUGGAGGCUCACGUACCUUGUGGCCUCCCCUCGUGUGGCCGGCGGGAUCUCGUCUCGGCGACGUCGAUGUGGUGAUCCACCCGAUCAGCGGAGUCCACAUUAUCGUGUGCACGGACGCACACACGGAUACACUCACCUGGUUUAGCCCGCCGGUCGAGGCGGUUACCGGGGUGUGGCCGCUAGGCAGAGGCUAGCUUUGGUGAGCCACAUGUGGGAGUUUGAUGUCAGCAAAUGGACGCUAGGCGUAGUCUACACCUGAAAGCAUGUGAGCGACCUACUAAACCGUCACGUGAACCCUCCACUGGACAUCCAUACACCUCACACCCCUACAUGCAUAAAUAAACGCUAACAAGCCCAUCUCUAAAGGUUUCGUCCAUCUUUCCAUUGACGUGAGCAGGUUAUUGAGACAGGAUGGACCAUUAAAUCCAUGUUAAUCCUCAUUAACCAAGUCGUUUUAUUGAGUAUGUCUCAUCAGUUCCUUUUUAUUAUUUUAUCCACUAACUUGCAAGAAAUGCUUGGGAGAUUCACUGCUUCGAAGCCAUUUGGAAAGGUUCUCUCUCCCUCUUUAUAUAUGGGGCUUAUGUUUUCAAGCUUCCAGUCAGUAGGCAGAGUCCCCUCCUCCACUGAACUUUGGAAGAUCUUGGAGAGCGGGGGGCUAGGUGGUCUGCGAAUUCCUUCAGAACCUUUGAGGAUAAGCCAUCCGACCGAGGCGAUUUAGUGAACUAUAGCAGUCACAGACUUCUCCUUACUGCGUCCGUUGUGAACGUCAACGCGUUAAUUGUAUCUCUAAGUGAGGUGAUUUUCCGGCGUACUUUCUCAUCAGGAGGUGGCUCCUCAGUAUAAACGGACAUGAAGAAGUCGGAUAAGAGAUCCGUAUUAUCGGAGAUAUCAGUUAAUUCAUUUCUCUGAUGAAUAUUUAGACAGGGCAUAGGGUCCCGAUUUCAUUUUGUCCUAUUCACAUAUGCAAAUAACUUCUUCUGAUUUUUUGAUAUCUUUCGUUUACCGCAAAAGGGAAUAAUUUGAACACUCCUUCCGUAGAUUCAAAUUAAUAUGUAGUCAAUUAUCGUCGGCAACUUUCGGGAUCACAUAUCCAAUUUUCAUACAGUCAGCAAACAAUAAUGUUUAACAGUCCAACUUCCUUGUGCACUCGUACACGCACAUCAAGAGCAAAAGGGGUCCCAGUACGCAGUCCUGGAGAAACCCCACCCAUGAACGCAACUUGACGGCGAUCCACAAUUAAAUCUUCAAUUCAUUUAAGGAAGUGACUCCUUAUCCCUACUAUUGCAGGUUUGCUUAAAAAUAUCUCUGUAUUGAAAGCCUCCUGAAAGCAGACAAAAACCAUAGGGACUACGUACCUGCAUGACCGCAACGUUUGUAUAUCCUAUUUUAGAUAAGGUCGAACAAAGGUGCUGUAAACUCUCCCAAAAAUAUCUUUGUCAAAAGUUACAAACGCCCUUCUGAUUGUAUUGAGUACCUCCAUAACGUUUUUUGCAGCCUUGGUGCAUUACAGUACUGGUUUCAGGCUGCUCUGUAUCCAAAGACCGGGAUCCUUCUGUGAAGAGUCUGUGGGAAGAGGAAUGUCUUUCAGGUGAUAUACCCUCGUGCUGUCAUUUAAGUGACAGCUGGUUUGACGCAGAUGAAGGACGGAACACGUCUGCACACUGAAAACCGAAAGCCACUUCUCGGACCACGUUUACAGUCGGUGCAGAUUAUUUUGAAGGACCUUUGGUUCUUCGAGUAUGUAUAUACAUUGGAAAGACUGAAAAACACUCAAUCUUAUCUAUGUUUUCAGUAAUUUCGAUGCCUUUAGUAGUCUUUACUGAGUGGAUUCGAUAUGUGUUUCUGGACCAGGACUACACCUGCCCUCACUGCGACCGCACCUUCACCUCACAAAUCGGCCUGGUCAGUCACUUGCGAAUCCAUCGCACAGUGACUGGCGAACCAGUGCCAGGAGCACCAACCUACACCCACCGCACUCGCCUCCACUGCCCACACUGCCCUCGCACCUUCACGCAUCGCAUGGGCCUACUCGGCUACAUGGGCAUCCACAAGAGCGGAAUUGACCGCCCUCCCGACUCACCCACCACGCCAAACCCCAUCCCCACUUCAUUACCCAUCAUCACUUCAUCACCCAUCACCCUCAUCGCAACUGACACCGACACCACCGACUUCGCCUGCCCACACCGUCCAUGCGCACUCAUCUCUCGCCUCGGCCUAGUCGGUCACUUGCGAAUUCAUAGCACGGAGACUGGCGAACCAGUGCCUGGAGCACCAACCUAUAUCCACCAAGCUCACCUCCACUGCCCACACUGA